AUGAACUUUACAUUUUACUACUAUACCCCUUCAGCUGCGGCGGCGGCUAUUUUUGUCGUGUUAUUUGGGCUGAGUACCCUUCUACACUUCUACCAACUUGUGCGGACACGAACAUGGUUCAUGAUUCCAUUUUUGAUUGGAGGAAUUCUCGAGACUAUCGGUUACAUUGGUCGUUUACUAUCCUCGCGCGAGUCACCUGAUUUCACCAAAGGCCCCUAUGUCAUGCAAAGUGCCUUGAUUUUGAUCGCGCCCGCAUUUUUGGCCGCAAGCAUCUAUAUGACUCUUGGUCGGAUCAUCGUCAUGACUGAUGCAGAGCGAUGCUCGGUUAUCAAGCUUAAAUGGUUGACCAAGCUCUUUGUGACCGGUGACGUUUUGUCUUUCUUGAUGCAAGCCUCAGGAGCGGGUCUCAUGGUUGCGAAUUCCAGCAGUCCAAGUACUGGUGAGCACGUCAUCAUUGGUGGUCUCUUCGUGCAGAUUAUCUUCUUUGGCUUUUUCACAAUCACUGCUGUUGUGUUCCAGGCUCGGAUGGCCAAAAGCCCCACUAGUCGCUCGAUUGAGCUGGGAAAUAUCUGGCCUCGGCACAUGACCGCCCUCUAUGUUUCCAGCAUUUUGAUUUUGAUUCGCUCGGUGGUUCGUGUGGUGGAAUAUCUCCAAGGAUAUAGCGGGUACUUGAUGAAGCACGAAGUUUUCAUCUAUGUGUUCGAUGCACUGUUGAUGUUUUCAGUGAUGAUGGUUCUUCAGUAUUCGCACCCCAGUGAGAUCAACUGCUUGCUGGGCCGGGGCGAAAAGUAUUCGGAAAAAAUGAUCAAGACACGGCAGUUCGUUCCUCGCUCAGCACUUGAGCUCGGUGAAGACCAAGUGUAG